AUGGUGCUUCUGUCCGGGGUUAGGAAAGAGGGCCGAGAAAGCCGGAGCCCCACCGCGGAGAAGCAACUGCAAGCAGGGUCGCUCGGAGUGCCGGGAGCCGAGAGUGGAAGGAGUCCCGACGGUAGCGGCAGGAUUGAGCCAACCAUCCCCGCAGAGCGAGCGCGCAGGGAGAGCCAAGGCGAAGAGGAGGAGGAGGAGGAGGAGGAAUGGGACGAUAAGGAGCAGGACGAGGAGUAUGAAGACUUCUCGGAUCUCCCGGACACACGAAGCAUCGCUUCAGACGACUCCUUCUACCCGCCCCAAGAGACCGACGACGUGGACGAAUUGGAACUUUCCGACAGCAAGCAGCAGCUCAGUCUCUUCCGCGCUUGCUGUACCAACAACGCCGCCGUCGUGUGGGCUCUCAUCCGGCAGGGGCUCCAAGAGGAGGACGUGAGGGAGACGGACCGCAACAAGCGGACUGGCCUUAUUGUUGCCUGUUACCAAGGGUACGUGGAUAUUGUAAUAGCCUUAGCACAGUGUCCUCAUAUUGAUGUAAACUGGCAGGACAACGAAGGGAAUACAGCUCUAAUUACAGCUGCUCAGGCAGGACAUAUUAACAUUACACAAUAUUUACUCAACUACUAUUCCGGUCUUGAUAUUGAGAAAAGAAAUGCAUUUGGAUUUACUGCACUUAUGAAAUCUGCAAUGCAAGGCCGAAGUGAAUGUGUCAGAGCCUUAAUAUUAGCAGGAGCAAAUAUUAAUGCAACAGAUCCAGGUCGUGGAUUUACUCCUCUAGAAUGGGCAUGUUUCACAGGAAGAAUAGAAUCUGCAUAUCUUAUACAGAGACUUAUGGAUAAGCCAUGUGCUGAGCAAUUUUGUGAUCAAUAUUUGCUUGAAUGGCCAAAGUUGAAGGAACUUCUUACUAAGGCUGCAGAUUCAAAAACUUGCUUGCAGAAGAUCUCAGCAACUUUGAGAUCCAUUGUAGAUUUCAGAACUUUCCAUGGUCCUGAAGAAGAUGGGGUCCUUGAUCACAUGGUUAGAACAACGACAAGUUUAAGAAGCUCCUUCGUUGCCAUAGCUUGCAGAACUGUAUGCCCUGAAAGUCCUCCUGCUGUAGGAAAACGUAGGCCAGCUGUGCAAGAAAUUCUUAGGAAACAAAGAGCUAAAGAACUUCAAACUUUGGAGAGCGGGGAACAUUUUAACAGCUAUAAGAAGUUGUUUCAAAAUUCCAGAAUUAUACUAGUCUCCAAAAGGAAGGAACGGAGGGCCAGCCUGCAGCCUUGCCAUUUAAAUGUGCCCCAGGUCAACAUUGUGGUUCAAAGGAAAGCCAGCCUGUUACCACUGCAUUUGUUAAGAAGAAGCAGUGUUCGCCCUGGACUUUUCAUCCCCAGAGUCCGUAUAAGUAAGGCACCUCGGCCUACUUUCCAGCCAGAGGAAGUGCGACGGAAAAGUAAUGCCAGUGAUGGGACCUACUUGGAGAUUCCCAAAUGGAGAUAUAAGGAGCUGAAGGAACAAAGGAAGAAGGCUGAAGAAGAAAAGAAAAAAGCCGAAGAUUUACAAAAACCCACCUUACCAUCUCUUCAGAAAAAAAGAACUUAAGCCAAAUUGCUGUUGGUACCAAUAAAUAGAUUGACAGGGCAUAUUAUAUAAAUUUAAUAAAAGGAAGGUGAAACUGAAGAUCACAUUUGUUUUAAGAGACUUAAGAACUCCAAGGCAACUGUAUGAACAAGGUUAACAUAUGGAAAAGAUUUUUUUCUACAAUUUUAACAAUUAUCUUCCCCAAAGUAAAGGGCAAUAGGAUUAAACCCCAAAUAGAGAAGCCAUGUCCUCAAAUUUACAGUUUAUGGCAGCACUGAAGUACCAUGUCCCAAAUAUCAGUCUUCUCCCUGGGAUACAGGAUAAAAUCCCCAUCCUGCCCUGGACUUAAGUUGUCACAAGGUGUAUUGACACAAAAGUAGUCUUUUCCCCCCGUAAACCAAUACUCUCCCCCCUUGUUUCAAGGUACAUACAAUCUGUGCUGCUUUCUUAUUCAUAAUUUGAGAGGUGAGGUCCUAAUAACCUCUUGUGGGGGUGAUCACGGAGAGCAUGGAGCAGGGCCUCUCUCCUCUGGUCACUUGCCAGCUUUUGAUGCAGCAAUUGCUUUCUGAGGAUUUGCACUCCCUAUUAGCAUUUCUUAGCAGAAUUCUUUUCGUAUCCUUGCUUUUGCCCUCCUGUUUUUUAAAAUCAACUUCUUUCCAUGCUUCCAACAAGGUAGAGAGAACAGAUCUCUACUAUUUUAUCUGGGGAAAGUAAGAGGCUUUGCACAAUUUCAUAUGAUUGUAAUCUGAAGUAGCAUCAAAGGGAAUCUGCUUUUUUCGAUGUAGCUCUGCAGAGUUUACAAAAUGAGUGGUGCUAAAUUAGCUUUUGUCCUAUUUGCCAUGGAUAUCAUAUUGUUACGCCCCUCCUCACUUUCACACCACAAAUAAGAAAAGUGGUUGCCCAGCAGCUGCUCACUUUCCAUUCUUCUCCACACAACCUGGUUGGUUGUACAUUCAUGGUAAGGUUUAUCUACCUCCUUCCUUUUGGGUGGCUAUUUUUGCCCUGGUGUCUUCCCUUCAGUUUUACUUUGGAACAUGGCCAAAUGGGAAGUGAGAGAAAGAGCAGAUAUAUCAGUCUGUAGACCUCAAGCAGAAUUGCUUAAACAGAUCCAUCGUGUUCAUGCUGCUGUGCUCUGAUUGAUGGAUAUAAUCCUACAUGAUGGGUGUAGUACUGAAGGGGGAGCAGCCAGGAGAGGAGAAUCAAAAAUCUUGCCCAUAAUGAAUGGUGCAGUUUCAGAUCAGGACAACAUUAUUUGGUAGCAGUGGGAGAUUCAGUAGAAAGAUUGGCAAUACAACAAGCAUGUUUUAUGCUUAGAAAUAUGUUUAAUUAAUAGUAGGGAAAGGCAAAGAGAGUUUAAGAAAUAUCCUUAAUAACCACAAAGCAAUAAUUAAGAAAAAGGGUAGGUUUUCAAGGGAGUAUCUAGAGAAUUAGAAAAGAAGGAAUCGACAACAUAAGUUUCUUAUUCAGGAUAUAUGAGAGAUUUAAAGUUUUUUUUUCUCUCCUACAUACAGAGGUUCA